UUUUAUGACAUUUACCAAACUUGAGGGAUUAAAAAAUAUAUAUUUCAUUUGCAUAUAUUUUAAUGGUUUUGAAAAUGAUAAAUAUCAAAACAGCCUCCACUGCUUUGUUUUCUUUAGUGGAAAAAGUUUGGACACCCCUGCUUUUAACACACCACAAACAUGAGCAACCCAGUCACGUGAUGUCCCCGCCCAUCACCACGCCCACAUCCAAUCACAGACCGCUAACGGAAUCAUGCCUGCAUUUCUAUUGGCUCGUUCGCCCGUCAGUCACUUCCAGCUGUCAGAUUCAGAAGCCGUGCUUGCUUUCGCCUCCCGGAGACAACCAACCUUGAAGGAGCCUUCGUGUACAAAAAUGGUCGUUUAAGUGACAAAGUAUUCGACUUUCUCUUCAUUUCGCCUCCUUCAGCGUGCCAUCAUCACCUGGCCCAGCCCAGCCGUCACCAUGGAGACCGCCUCCAGCUACGUGCUCAUCCACGGGAAGAACGUCUCCCACAGCACCGUGGCGGUCUCCGCCGCCGCCGCCGGUGCCCACAUGUCCAUCGACAAGCUCUUCCCCGCCCUGCUGGAGUGCUUCGGCAUCAUCCUGUGCGGAUACAUAGCCGGCAGGGCUGAUGUCAUCCCCGAGAGCCAGGCAAAGGGUCUGGGCAACUUUGUGUCCAAAUUCGCCCUCCCAGCUCUGCUUUUCAAGAACAUGGUGCUGCUGGACUUUGGCGACGUCAUUUGGUCGUUUCUGUGGAGCGUCCUGAUUGCCAAGGUGUCUGUGUUUGCACUGGUGUGUGUGCUCACGCUUAUGGUGGCCAGUCCUGAAAACAGAUACGGCAAAGCUGGUCUGUACGCCAUCUUUGCUACUCAAAGCAAUGACUUUGCACUGGGGUACCCUAUAGGUGAGGCCCGCACAAACGCCACCAUAAAUACUUCCAAGUACACUCAGCUCUUACUCUCUUUGCCUGUAUUUCCUGCAGUGGAUGCUUUGUACCGCAGCACGUACCCAGAGUACCUGCAGUACAUCUAUCUGGUGGCCCCUGUGUCCCUCAUGCUGCUCAAUCCCAUCGGAUUUGCUCUCUGUGAGGUGCAGAGGUGGAGGCAGGCCGGCAACGCACAGCAAAGCUCUGCAGGAGUGAUGGCGGUUGUGGUCCUACAGGUGUUGAAGAAUCCAAUUGUGUUUAUGGUGGUCGUCGGCAUCGCCUCUCACUUCGCUCUGGGCCAGAGGAUCCCUGCUGUGCUGUCCGACUUCAUCGAUGGCCUGGCCAACUCUUUCGGAGGGGCGGCCCUGUUCUACCUGGGCCUCACUAUGGUGGGUCAGCUGAGGAAACUGACAAGAGAUGCUGGAGUCGCUUUGAUUCUCCUCAUCACUGCCAAACUUCUGGUGAUGCCGCUGGUGUGCAAGGACAUGAUGGACAUUCUGGAUGUGGGCGUCAACAGCACCAGCGCCAACCACACCAGCUUGACCAACUUUGCCUUCCUCUACGGCGUCUUCCCCACCGCGCCCAGCGUGGCCAUCUAUGCCGGACACUACAGCCUGGAACUGGAGGUGGUGACUUCAGGCAUGGUCAUCAGCACGUUCCUGUCGGCGCCCAUCAUGUACGUGUCGGCCUGGCUCCUGGCGAUCCCCCUCAUGGACCCUGCCCCCCUGGUGGCAGAGCUCCAAAACGUCAGCUUCAACAUCAGCAUCGUCUGCCUGGUUGCGCUGGUGUGGACCAUCGUGGUGAUGCUCCUCAGCAGGAAGUUUAACCGUCUUCCUCACCUGUUUGCCUUAAAUCUCUUCUUGGCUCAGUUCCUGGUAUGUGUCAGCAUGAUCCUGUGGAACUUCCUGGUCAGACAAGAAGAUAAUCUCAUCGGCAAAAUUCUGGCCUUUUCGCUGCUCUACAGCUCUCUUUACAGCACGUACAUUUGGACAGGUCUAAUCCCGCUCUGCUUGGCUCUGACCAGCAGAGAUGAUCUGCUGAGGCUGCGUCCGGCAGUUUUCAUGGUUUUUGGCUGGGGGGUUCCCUUGGUCAUGGUGGGAGGUCUUUUGCUCUCUGGCCAAAGGACCGACAGCAUUGACUCUGCCUUCUUCUAUGGCAAAGCUCAGAUCAUCAGCACAGCCGUGGUGCUCGCAGUCAGCCUGGUGCUCGGUGCCAUCUCUCUGAUGGGCCUCAGCCAGGGGGACCGAGAGCAGAGAGGCUACCAGGUCCUGAACAGGAUGGCUGUCCCUGCUGCAAAUAAUGAGGAUCUGAGGACCCCUGGUGGUGUAGGAGACACACAACAGCAGCAGCUGGCAGAAACUUCACCUGCCUGCAGCAUUAACUCUGACAUCCACACGCCUCCUUUCCAGUCGGUGCCUGACAUGAUCGCCAGCACACAAAGGAACAAUGGCAACAACAUUGACCACCCGGGGGCGCUGUGCGACAGGCAGCAGCAGAGUUCCUCCUCUUCAGAGCAUCCUCUAAACCCGGCUGCAGCCGAGCGUGGAGGCGCUGACGACGACAAGCAAACAGUCAGACACGUGCUGCUCUGUCUCCUGCUCAUCGUCAGCUUGCUCGCAAACCUCUCCAGCUGCCUGUGGUGGUUGUUCAACAAGGAUCCAGGACGGCUCUACUUGGAGUUGCAGUUCUUUUGUGCUGUGGCGAACUACGGACAGGGCUUCCUGUCUUUCGGGAUCUUCGGCCUGGAUCAUCACCUCAUCAUCCUGCCCUUCAAGAAGAGGUUGCAGGGCUUGUGGCGAGGUCGCGCCGCAGAUGAGCUGAGUCCUGCGCGAGGAGCCGAGGACGUCAGGCUCACCUGCACGCAGUUUGUGCGCUACCACAAGGAGCAGUGUGUGCACGAUAUAUUUCACACACGCAGGUGCCGGAGCGACGCCCCGCAGCAGCAGACGCCGGACCUCCAGGCGGACCGGCGCCAGCAUGAGCCCGCCCCAGACCCACCUCACCAGCACCCCCACAUCCGAAGCACGUUCCUCGGCUGCGACCUGGUCGACUGGCUGAUCGGCCGCGGACUGUGUGCGGGGCGAGCCCAGGCCCGGCGCUACGUAACACGUCUCCAGCAGGGGGGGGUGUUGCGCGACGUGACGGGCGAGCACAGCUUCAGGGAGGAGUGCACGCUCCUCUACCACUUCGCACAUGAGGACGAGACCAGCUGAUGAAGACCCGAGCAGCCACCACCAGGCCACAACACUAAGUGCCUUACGGUGCCGUUUUUCCAUCCGCCACUAGGGGAGCUCUUGUUCUUCAAAGUGCAGGCAAGUCCCCUCUUAAAAAAACAUUUAUUUUUGCACAGCAUGUGAAGGUUCUGUCGCUUUCCACAUCGCUUGGUGGUUGCUGCUUUUGGCUCCACCUUCCUCAACUGACAUGUUUUGUUUCUCUUUACUUUUAUUAUUUCAAUGCACUGAAAGGUCCACAAUAUGUCUUUUACAGCAGGGGUGUCCAAAACUACGGCCCGCGAGGCGUCAUAAGUUUAAUAAUAAAAAUAAGAAAUCUUACCCGCUA